AAUAAUAAUUAAUGUCGACGCAAUCGAAAAUUCCGGGGGAGGCGACACACGCCAGCACCGCCGUGUUCGAGACCGCCACCGCCGCCGUCCAACGCUUCCGACCGAUCAACCAGAUCCACCAGCACCUCUGCGCGUUUCAUUUCUACUCACACGACAUGACGAGGCAACUGGAGGCUCACCACUUCUGCGCCCACCUGAACGAUGAGGUUCGACAGUGUCUGAUCUACGACAGCCCCGAGAAAGACGCUAGACUCAUAGGGAUUGAGUAUAUUAUAUCGGAGAAUCUGUUCCUGACGCUGCCCGACGAGGAGAAGUGUUUCUGGCACUCGCAUGAGUACGAAGUGAAGAGCGGGACUCUGUUCAUGCCGGGCAUGCCGGGGGCGAUCGAGCGGGUGGACUUGGAGAAAGUGUGCAAGACGUAUGGGAAAGUAUUCCAUUUCUGGCAGGUAGAUCGAGGCGACAUUCUACCGCUGGGCAUCCCGCAGCUAAUGAUGGCGCUAACGCGGGAUGAGCAGCUGGAUCCGAGUCUAUCACUAAAGGUUGAGAAACGAUACGGGGUGUCGUUUGAGGAGGAGAGGAGGAAGAGGGAGAGCAUGUCGGGGCCGGAGCAUGGUGUUCAUCCGAUGGCGAAUGGCGGCGGGGGAGGGCUGAAGACAGAACUCAGGGAGACGGAGAUGGCGGCGGCGGCGGCGGCGGCUUCAAUUCCAAGAGUCUUCGUUUGAUUUUAUAUUAUAUUUGUGAAGGUGUGUAAGUUUUAAAUUAUGGAUAAAUAAAUACGAGGGAGAAACAGGAUUUCACAAAUGUUUGACACAAAAAUUGCAGUAUGAACUCAACUAUGUAAAGUCUACCUUCAGGUC